AUGUCGAACCUUCCAGCUUCUUCGAUAUUGGCCGCGGGCCCAUUUAUUGAUGGCCCGAGGGCAUCGGAAGCCGGAGGCAGUUCAGCAAACACUAGCCAUGGUGGUGGUCAACCAGGAAGCUCCAAUGGCGAGCGGGUCCGUGGCAAUCACAGAGUACGAUUUGGCUCCGGGGAGGUCUUGGACGUCCAAAACAACAGGCAUACUUUCAACCUUCGGUCUCCAGAAAACUGCCAAUCUUUUGGUAGCGAUGACAUGGUUCCCGAUUCUCCCGCUCUAACCCCGUCGAAUACCUUACCGUCUGAUCAUAUAUAUGCCCGCACCGGGUGCUUCGGUCCACCAAUUGAUAUCACGGACGCACCGACAAAAAUUCCCGCUCUUCCAUUGAAGGCGCCACCAAGAGCGUUCCGUCUUAACGGUAACAAUGGGGACUCGGAGCUCGGUGGGGGAUACGACGGAUUCGCCGAGAACGACCGAUUAACAUUCCAAGAGAGAGCAGCUAGGCUAGGAACAAUUGGGAGCUACUCGGCUCCGAGCUCAGUGCGUAGCUCACCAGCCCUCGCUGCAUAUAGUGUUGGUGCUGGCCAGGCCCAGGGGGGAGUGCCUGUUGACGAUAUCCCGUUGCUGGACCUUGGGAAUGCCCUACCGCAGGACUAUAACGAUCCAACAGGGGCCGAAAGGAACAAGGUAACGGCUAUCAGGGAGGCCCAUGAACUAGUUAUACAGCACACAGCGCGGGGAUCUGCAGUAUUGAACGGAAGGUCCAGGGCCGGCGGAGCGGAAACCCCGGACCAUGGCCAGAGGUCGGGAACCGUAACCCCCGUGGCCCACCAACAUGAGGACUAUGUCCAGCCUCCAAGCCAGUUUCGUGGAGGUGUUCUCGGGAGUUUAUUGAAGCUGUAUAACCCACUAGGGGGCCAUGGGAAUAAUUUUGGCCAUGAGCACCGCAGCAGCAUGGGGAGCGCCGGAAGCCCAACCGGUUCUGGACGCACAACACCAAAAUGGUACAACAAGAGUGCAAACACAUCGACCACAUCGCUGCGAGGACUCUUAGCGGCUUCUAGAGCUACGCUUGGAGCUCCUGCGGGACCGGCUGCUAUGAAGGAUCAGCCAAAAAUGAAGCAUCGGUCACACAGCGGUGGCAGUGGGGUCGCCGGCGCAUUAAGGAACUUUUCCAGACCCAAUUUGGAAGAAGAAAUCAAGGCGAGCUAUCCUCCAUUCUGGUUCCAAAUCCAGGCUGGGUCCACCCUGUUCGUGUAGAACGGGUUCUAACGACUGGCUAUAGAUUACUGUUCAUAUUGCAGAAACGUUGGCAAGGCAAAAGUACAUCCUGAAGCUUUGCAGAUCCUUGAUGCUCUAUGGAGCCCCCACUCACAGACUCGAAGGUAUGCCCGAAACCCUUUCGUUUUUGUUUUUAUUUUCUUUAUUAGAAUUUUUGCUGACCCGAAACAGAGUACAUGAAGAUGACAUCUCGGGUUCUUGAGAUUGAUGGGCAGUUCUUGUAUAUCCCAGGCUGUAUGAUAAUCUCCUUUGGGGAUUCCUCGACGCACACUUCAGAGAUGCAAAUUGUCAGGACCAAUCAAGGCGUUGACCUUGGGAAACUUCACGACACGCAUGAGAUUUAUAAAGAGGUUGUCCAUGACUUGAUUGGGGUUGAGGAGGCCACUAAACGACUGGAUGAGAUCCUGAAGCGGAAGCCAAAGCAUAACCCAUGGAUCCUGAUACCAGUUUUUGGUAUUGCUAGUGCUUCUGUCGGGCCUUUUGGUUUCAAGGCUCGGCUUAUCGAUAUGCCUGUCCUCUUUGCCCUUGGGUGUAUUCUUGGGUUCUUGCAACUUAUUGUGGCACCGAGCUCUGAGCUUUAUGUAUAUCUUUCUUCAUGUAUUUUCACUCGAUAUUUGUGCUAAUUCUUGCCCAGUCGAAUGUCUUUGAAAUAUCGGCUGCCAUUAUAACGAGUUUUCUUGCGAGGGCCUUUGGCUCUAUUCAUGGGGGGAGUGUCUUCUGUUUCUCCGCUUUAGCACAGGCCUCUAUUGCCCUGAUUUUGCCUGGUUAUAUCAUAUGUAGGUGGUCCUCUGUCUACUCAAAACUAGCGGACGACUAAAUGCUGACCCUCAGUAUUAAGUAUGCGGAUCCCUCGAGCUCCAAUCUAGGAAUAUAGUGGCAGGAUCAGUUCGAAUGUUUUACGCUAUUGUCUACUCCCUGCUCCUUGGCUUUGGGAUCACGAUUGGAUCUGCUCUUUACGGGCUUGUUGAUAGUAAUGCCACUUCCGCUACGACGUGUCAGGAUCCGUUGGAUUGGAAAUGGAACUUCCUCUUUGUUCCCCCAUUUGCCUGGUGGUACGUAUAUUUUUCCGAAUCUUUAGAGAGCGAUAAGACUAACCCAUACCACAGUCUCUUGACAAUUAACCAAGCCAGAUGGCGACAGGCCCCAGCUAUGAUAGCGAUUUCCAUGGUUGGCUAUGCCAUCAACUUCUUUUCCAGUCAACACUUCACGAACCAGCCACAGGUCGCCAACAGCCUUGGAGCAUUCGCGGUCGGAGUCUUAGGCAAUCUCUAUUCGAGAGUCGGCCACGGCCUAGCCUUUGCCGCUAUGCUGCCGGCAAUAUUCGUGCAGGUCCCUUCCGGACUCGCUGCCCAGGGCUCUUUAAUCUCCGGUAUCCAGAACGCAGACGCUAUGAUCGACAAACCGUCGGCGACACCAGCACCGGAAUCGGGCCAAUUUAACUCUGUUGUACUCGAUUUUGGAUUCUCCAUGAUCCAGGUGGCCAUCGGUAUUACGGUCGGUCUGUUUGCAGCAGCGUUGGUGGUGUACCCAUUUGGCAAGAAGCGGUCUGGCCUCUUCAGCUUCUGA